AUGUUCUUCAAGCAUCUCCGACAGAACCAAAUCUCCAGACGCACAACAAAGCAGCGAGAAGUCCCCAUCGCAAAACGUCCUCUCCUUCCUCACCGCGAGUCGUACAAAAUGUCCUCUCCUUCCUCACCGCGAGUCGUACAAAAUGUCCUCUCCUUCCUCACCGCGAGUCGUACAAAAUGUCCUCUCCUUCCUCACCGCGAGUCGUACAAAAUGUCCUCUCCUUCCUCACCGCGAGUCGUACAAAACGUCCUCUCCUUCCUCACCGCGAGUCGUACAAAAUGUCCUCUCCUUCCUCACCGCGAGUCGUACAAAAUGUCCUCUCCUUCCUCACCGCGAGUCGUACAAAAUGUCCUCUCCUUCCUCACCGCGAGCCGUACAAAAUGUCCUCUCCUUCCUCACCGCGAGUCGUACAAAACGUCCUCUCCUUCCUCACCGCGAGUCGUACAAAACGUCCUCUCCUUCCUCACCGCGAGUCGUACAAAACGUCCUCUCCUUCCUCACCGCGAGUCGUACAAAACGUCCUCUCCUUCCUCACCGCGAGCCGUACAAAAUGUCCUCUCCUUCCUCACCGCGAGUCGUACAAAACGUCCUCUCCUUCCUCACCGCGAGUCGUACAAAACGUCCUCUCCUUCCUCACCGCGAGUUCGUACAAAACGUCCUCUCCUUCCUCACCGCGAGCCGUACAAAAUGUCCUCUCCUUCCUCACCGCGAGCCGUACAAAAUGUCCUCUCCUUCCUCACCGCGAGUCGUACAAAAUGGCGGACUUGA